UCAUAGCAAGGUCAUACUAAUUGUACACGUGCGAACGAAUUUCUCGAUUUAAAAACUUAAGCACGUUUCCCCGAAAAAAACAUGAAGAAAAAGCAGGUGGAAAGCUCAUCCGAGGAGGAGGAGGAACUACUGGCGGAGGACUCUGAGGCAUCCGACGACGAAGAACUGUCGGCAGAGGGCUCUGAGGCAUCCGGUGACGAGGAUGAUUCUGAGGCAUCCGGCGUGGAGGAAGACAGCGAACUGGACCUGGCCGCCAGUUCAACCGAAUCCGAUGAAGAUGAAGAAGAGGAGGAGGAUGCCAAACCUGCACCAAAGAGUCGGGCUGAGAUUAUAGACGAGCAGAUUCACAACAAGUACGAACAGCUGAGGGGCACACGGCUUUACGUCCGCUUCCCCAAGAAACUGCCCCUGGAUGUGGACGAGUUUAAUGCCAUGGUGAAGGCGCUGCAUCCGCUGGUGGUGAAGGCACUGAAGCCUCGCCAAAAGCACGCCCGCUUCUGUCUGGUGGAGUUCAAGUCACAGAAAGAUCGCGAUCAGGCUCACGAGGACCUUAAGACCUCCAUCAAGAACGAUGCUGAGUACAAGGGAUUCUACAUCUCCCUACCCAAAACCGAUUCCGAGGAGUUUGUCAAUGAGAUUGUCAGCCGCAAGCUGACCUCUGUGGAGAACAGGCAAACCAAGCGGAUGAUGAAGCGCGCAAGCAAGAAGGCCCUGCAGGCCAAACGCAACUUCACCUCUUCGGUGGUCAUCACCAAUCUGCCCAAGACCGCCUCGGUGGCUCAGGUGCGCCAGCUGUUCCCAGAAGCCGUCGACAUUCAGAUUAAGCCCGGUAAGGGCAAGUUCCGUGACUCCAGUGCGGCGACCGUAACCCUGCCAACGACUCACGAUGCACGCAAGGCCAUCAAACAAAAGCUGAGUCUGGCCGGCACGGAACUGUUACUGCGCUUCAACACCCAGACGAAGCGAAAGCCCAAGCCCAAGGCCAAGAAUGGCAAGUCUACUUCUGAGAAGAAGAACCAAGGAGAUAAGAAGAUUCCACAGAAACCUAAACAACAAGAUAAGCAGCAGCAGCAGAAGCCUAAAGUAGAAAACGGGGAAGCCCCCAAAGCCAAGAAACCAAUCAAGAACGUCCAACAGCAGAAACCGAAAGAAAAUCUAAAGCGAAAGGCACCUCCUAGCGGCGGGGAGUCCCACAAACUUAAGACCCCGAAAAAGAUGAAGAAACUAAGCGCUUAAAUAUAAUGUAGUUGUUAAAAUGUUCCCUUAAUUUUAAUAAAAGAAACCUUUUUCUGGUUGACAAUCAUAUGUAAAA